AUGAAUAACACUGGACCAAGGAUUAACUUUUCUAACAGUUCUCAAUAUAUUGGUCGUACUGUUUGUUUAGUAGGACGCGUUUCUAAAAAAGCCAACAAUUCAGUUACAAUCGAAACUAGUGAUGGUGGUGAAAUUCAAGGUAAUAAUUAUAAUAGCAAAUAUGUUGAAAUUACUGGAGUAUUAAACAGUGAACAAGUUUUACAAGAAACAACUUUCCGUGAAUUUA